ACUGCGCAACUGGCACUGACCCGGUUAGAGGCGACGACUGCGACGAGAGCGAGUCUUUGUAGGCGUCAGAUAAAUUCUCACCGUCUCUAUCCUCUCAUUCCUUUGCAGACUGUAUCGAUGGGGGACCUCAAUCUCUCCUUCCUCUCUCUCCUCAUCCUCCCCCCUGCCGCUCUCCUCCUCCUCCUCUACAUCAUCGUCCGCCCCCGCCCCGCCACUGUCCCCAUCAAGAACCGCCACGUCUUCAUCACCGGCGGAUCCAGCGGCAUUGGGCUUGCCCUGGCCCACCGCGCUGCCUCCGAGGGUGCCAGAGUCUCCAUCCUGGCCCGCUCACUUAACAAGCUGGAGGAGGCCAAGAACCUCAUCCAGCUCUCCACCGGCAUCGAUGUCGCAGUGUUUGCUGCCGACGUCCGCGACUACGAUGCCCUUUCAAAGGCGGUCGAGGCGGCAGGCCCGAUUGACGUUUUGGUGGUCAACCAGGGAGUGUUUGUCCCUGGGGAGCUGGAUAAGCAGGGAUUGGACGAUGUCAGGUUCAUGGUGGACGUCAAUUUGAUGGGUAGCUUUAACAUGAUCAAAGCUGCUCUGCCUGCAAUGAAGAAGGACAGGGAGGAGCGUGGACCGGGUUCUAUUGCUAUCAUGUCGUCGCAGGCCGGUCAGGUGGGGAUCUACGGCUACACAGCUUAUUCCGCUAGCAAAUUUGGGCUUAGGGGUUUGGCAGAAGCUCUGCAGCAAGAGGUCAUUGCGGACAACAUUCACGUUUCACUGAUUUUCCCUCCGGAUACUGACACUCCUGGACUCACUGAAGAAACUAAGAAGAGGCCGCAGCUGACCAGCAUUAUUGCCGAAUCAUCUGGUGCAAUGAAAGCCGAGGAUGUUGCAAAGAAAGCUUUGGAUGGAAUCAAGUCUGCUUCCUUUAUUGUGCCUUGCAACUUUGAAGGGCGUAUGUUGUCCAUUGCCACUGCCGGGUUGUCGCCCCAGAGAUCAUUCAUCAUGGCAUUUGUAGAGGUGCUUGCUGCUAGUGUUAUACGGAUAGUUGCUCUGGGAUUUCAGUGGAAUUGGUAUACAAGCAUACUCAAGUGGCAUGGACAAAACAGAAGUAUGUAGGAUACUCUUUCAUAUCACUGCUCGAAUAAUCUGGUCUUAGUAUUGAAUUUGAUUUUACUGCAGUCUGCACAGACCAUUAUGUUUCGUAAACACAGUUGCCACAUUAUGUUUGACUUCUUAAGAACUAGACAUUGUAUUUAGUGGAAUUCAGACAUAUAUGUAACUGGUAUUGAAUUCAAAUAUCAUAAGGAAUGUUGCGGACAAGUUCAGAUCAUAAUAUUUUGCAAUAU